UUAAAUAAUUACUUGGUCUGUGUUGUUGGGGGCGGCAGUUAUAACUGACUCGGCUGUCAAAACGCGGAAGUAAAGUGGAAACGGUGCUUUGAUAAUAGCCUCGCGGCUAACUAGCUUAGUGACGUUAAGCAACAUUGAAGUGCUUAGCAAAGCAAGCUAGCUAAGUAAACAAAGCUACCGGAAAACUCGGGUUAAUUCAGUUUUUAAAAAGUCUUCAUGCACAUGAAAAAAAUACACUUGGGUCAGCAAAACCGUAGAUAUCUAAACAAAAGAACGGAGAGAGAGUCGGUUUCAUUGUGUGUACAAUGACGACAGAUGGUGCUUUCAGCGAUGGUGGCUUUGACCAAAGUUUCUAUAUUGAAACAGCCAGAAAAGGAAGUGUGGUGUCCAGAGCAAACAGCAUCGGGUCAACAAGUGCCUCUUCAGUACCAAAUACUGAUGAUGAGGACAGCGACUACAGACACGAGACGUCGCUUAAAGACUCGUAUAAAGACAGAAGGAGACAAGCGCACACACAAGCUGAGCAAAAGCGCAGAGAUGCCAUCAAGAAAGGUUAUGAUGAUCUUCAGUCAAUUGUUCCAACCUGUCAACAGCAGUCUGAGUUUGCCGUAGGAGCACAGAAGAUCAGCAAAGCUACAAUCCUGCAGAAAACUAUUGACUACAUUCAUUUUCUUCAUAAAGAAAAGAAGAAGCAAGAGGAGGAAGUCUCUGUCCUGAGGAAAGAAGUUAUGGCACUUAAGAUAAUGAAAACGAACUAUGAGCACAUAGUAAAGGCUCAUCAGAGCAAUCCACAACAGGGAGAGGAUCAGGUGUCUGACCAGGUCAAGUUUGACAUCUUUCAGAGCAUCAUGGACUCCCUGUUUGUGUCCUUCAGCAACUCCGUCUCAGUCAGCAGCUUCGAAGAACUGUCUGCUUGUGUUUUUAGCUGGAUUGAAGAGCACUGCAAACCACAGACGUUGCGGGAGUUUGUUGUUGGCGUCCUGCGGCAGAUUAAUGUUCAGCUUUACUGAUCAAAGAGACUUUAACUCCCCAAAACAGACUCUCAAGAUGACUAAAAAAAACGUUUUCAGCGAGGCUGUGCUGCAGUUAUUCCCACUCUAGCUCCUCCGGGACUCCAGGGCUGCCGGAGGAUUCCCCCUUCAAGAAGCCUCGUGGAGGUUGGAGCGGAGAUGACCAGGUGUGUUUGACCGAGCGGCGAAAGAAAGUAGUUUCUGAGCUUUUCAUAAGCUGAAAUGCAGCAUUUGUUUUUAGAGGAAAUGUCCGCGUUGAUCCCAACAUGCUGCCAAAUAUUGUAGCAAGCAGCUAGUUGUGUCUUCAUGCCCCCAGCUUUGUUUUUUUAAUGGUCCACACCAAACUGUUUAACGGUGGUUUCUGCUGCACGUGGAGGACUAUUGCAUGUGGAGAAUGCGCAUGUUACGCCUGAGUUUGAGGCUCGGAGCACAGAAUCACUCCGGAGUUGUGAAAGUGUUUGACUACUUUGUCAUCGCAGGCUUUUAUGUGCGCUUUUAGUGCACGCCAUGGGACACUUCCCCAUGAUUUCCUUUAAAAAAAUACUUUAAUGUGAAAUAAUUCACAUUUUAAAUGUAGUUUUGACAAACCAAUGAAAAAAAACCUUCAUUAUAGUGAAUUGAAUUGGGACAAAACAGAUAAAAAUGCCCCACAAUUCAUCACCGAGGGAUUUUUCAGCCUUAUUUCUGAGCAGAUCAGAAUGUGUUUUAUACAACCCAUUUGGGUUAUAAUUGCCUUCUUUUCAUUAUUCCGUUUGCAGACGUUUCAUUAAAAUCAUUUCGUAAGUUCCCGGUUUUAAGUGUUUUUUUUCCCCCCCACAAAAAAUAAGAAAUUUUAAUCAAUUUUGUUUCAGAUAUUUUUAAGUUAAAAUCUGUGGCCACUUCAGUUAUAUUGUAUAAUCACAAAGCAAUAAAGCAACUUU